UAAUCUCGGGGGUUUCUUUCUUAAAGUUUGUGCAAAAUGGUGGACUGGCUUUCACUAUUACCCUGGAAUAAAAUCUUCACUGCUGCAUGUGGCUGCUUUUUAAGCGAUAGCAACUACAUUCACUUGAUGGAGUCAAAUCUCGAUGCUCUGCAGAAAACUAUGGAAGAACUUAAGAAUGGGCGAGAUGAUCUGUUAGCAAGAGUUUCCAUAGAAGAAGAUAAAGGUUUGCAACGGCUUGCUCUAGUCAACGGAUGGCUUUCAAGGGUACAAAUUGUUGAAUCCGAAUUCAAGGAUCUGCUUGAGGCUAUGUCAAUCGAAACUGGAAGAUUGUGUCUAUUUGGAUAUUGUUCUGAGGAUUGCAUAUCAAGCUACAAUUAUGGUGGAAAGGUAAUGAAGAAUUUGGAAGAAGUUAAAGAACUUCUAUCUAAAAAGAAUUUUGAAGUGGUGGCGCAGAAAAUCAUACCUAAGGCAGAGAAGAAGCAUAUACAAACCACAGUUGGUUUGGAUACAAUGGUUGGAAUAGCAUGGGAAAGCCUCAUAGACGAUGAAAUAAGAACCUUGGGUCUUUAUGGUAUGGGGGGAAUAGGAAAAACCACCCUCUUAGAAAGUCUCAACAACAAAUUUGUUGAACUGGAGAGUGAAUUUGAUGUAGUGAUAUGGGUUGUGGUAUCUAAAGACUUUCAGUUGGAGGGCAUUCAAGAUCAGAUUCUGGGGAGAUUACGUCCUGACAAGGAAUGGGAAAGAGAAACAGAAAGUAAGAAAGCCUCUCUCAUAAACAAUAACCUUAAGAGAAAGAAAUUUGUGUUGUUGUUGGAUGAUCUCUGGAGCGAAGUAGAUCUAAUUAAGAUAGGAGUUCCACCUCCAAGUCGAGAAAAUGGAUCGAAGAUAGUUUUCACCACACGUUCAAAGGAAGUUUGCAAGCACAUGAAAGCUGACAAGCAGAUAAAAGUUGACUGUUUGUCACCAGAUGAAGCGUGGGAAUUGUUUCGACUCACUGUUGGAGAUAUCAUAUUAAGGAGCCAUCAAGAUAUUCCCGCACUUGCAAGAAUAGUUGCUGCAAAAUGCCAUGGCUUGCCACUUGCACUCAAUGUCAUUGGCAAAGCCAUGGUAUGUAAAGAGACUGUACAAGAAUGGCGUCAUGCGAUUAAUGUUCUGAAUUCGCCUGGCCACAAGUUUCCAGGUAUGGAAGAAAGAAUUCUUCCCAUUUUGAAGUUCAGUUAUGAUAGCUUAAAGAAUGGUGAAAUCAAAUUGUGCUUCCUAUAUUGUUCUCUGUUUCCUGAAGAUUUUGAAAUAGAGAAGGAUAAGUUGAUAGAAUAUUGGAUUUGCGAAGGAUAUAUAAAUCCGAACAGAUAUGAAGAUGGAGGUACUAACCAAGGUUAUGAUAUAAUUGGCUUGUUAGUUCGUGCACAUUUGUUGAUUGAAUGUGAACUCACAGACAAAGUUAAAAUGCAUGAUGUGAUACGUGAGAUGGCUCUUUGGAUAAAUUCUGACUUCGGAAAUCAGCAAGAAACAAUUUGUGUGAAAUCUGGUGCUCAUGUACGUCUGAUACCAAAUGACAUCAGUUGGGAGAUUGUGAGACAGAUGUCUUUAAUUAGUACUCAGGUUGAGAAGAUAGCUUGCAGUCCCAACUGCCCCAACCUUUCAACCCUAUUACUCCCAUAUAACAAGUUGGUGGAUAUUUCAGUUGGAUUCUUUCUGUUUAUGCCAAAACUUGUGGUCUUGGAUCUUUCUACAAACUGGAGUCUUAUUGAAUUGCCGGAAGAAAUUUCUAACCUAGGCUCCCUGCAAUAUCUCAAUUUAUCACUCACAGGGAUAAAAUCGCUACCAGUUGGUCUGAAGAAGUUGAGGAAACUAAUCUACUUGAAUCUGGAGUUCACUAAUGUACUUGAGAGUCUUGUUGGAAUAGCAACAACUUUACCAAAUCUGCAAGUGUUGAAAUUAUUUUAUUCUCUUUUUUGUGUUGAUGACAUAAUUAUGGAGGAACUACAGCGCUUGAAGCACUUGAAGAUUUUAACAGCAACCAUAGAGGAUGCCAUGAUUUUGGAAAGGGUACAAGGAGUUGACCGAUUGGCGAGUAGUAUUCGAGGUUUAUGUCUAAGAAACAUGUCAGCACCUCGUGUAAUAUUAAACUCGGUAGCUCUGGGAGGUCUUCAACAACUUGGAAUUGUGAGCUGCAACAUAUCUGAGAUAGAGAUAGAUUGGUUAAGCAAAGAAAGAAGGGAUCAUCGAUCUACAAGUUCUCCAGGCUUCAAGCAACUCGCCAGUAUUACUGUAAUCGGUUUGGUAGGGCCAAGGGAUUUGUCAUGGCUGUUAUUUGCUCAAAAUCUGAAGGAUAUACAAGUGCAAUAUUCACCAACAAUAGAAGAAAUAAUAAAUAAGCAGAAAGGAAUGAGUAUUACCAAAGUGCAUCGAGAUAUUGUUGUUCCCUUUGGGAAGCUGGAAUCCCUUCAUCUAUAUCAAUUGGCUGAGCUUACAGAAAUCUGCUGGAAUUAUCAGACUCUUCCUAACCUUAGAGAAUCCUAUGUCAAUUAUUGUCCAAAGCUACUUGAAGAUAUAGCUAAUUUUCCCAAGCUGAAAGGGUGAUGACAAGUGGUCAAAUGCUAAACCGAAUGAAGAAAUCGAUUAGAGUACCAAUUGUUCCUUUGUUUCAUGUGCUUCCUGAAAAGUAUGCAUUUGUUUCCUAUAUAAAUGAAAAAGCCAAAAAAAAAAAGGCAGAGAAAUUUGCCUGAACUAUUUUUGUUCUUGUGUUUUUUAAUUCAUGCUUUGAGUGGGACCUUAUCAUUGGGGCUUAAGAAUGGGAGAAAGAUGCUUCUACGCAAAUGGAUGGUCUCUCCCAUGAACAGGUUGGAAAUAAAGCCAUUACAGAACAAGGUCUCUUUAUCUCUCUCCUGCUUGCUUUGCUCCCACUUUGUGUAACUGCACUGCAUCCUCUCAGUUCUUAAUUUGGUUUUUUAUGUAUAUGUACUGCUUUUGUUUCAAUGACCUCUUGUUAUCCAGUUACAUUUCUCAAAGUUUAAACGUUCUCCUCUCCACAGUGUGAAUUCAAAGAUUUGUUGGUUUGUUUUUGUCAUGUUCUGUGUUGUCUCCGAAGUAACGAGCUAGAGUUUUAUAAGGAGGGCAUAGAUGGCGUUGAUGUUUCUGAAUUAAGCUAGGUUUAGAUCCAUGGGACAUGGUGAAAAUAUAAAAUACUAUAUUGUUCUUAGAAGUUAGAACGUUCAUUGAUUAUGCUGAGAUCGGAUAAGGGUUUCGGUUGCUGGUGGCUGUGAGGAGGCAGAUCGCUUCGUUUCCUAGUCGGGUAUAGUGCUUCUCUCUCUCUCUCGUCUCCUUUUCUCCAGGAUAUUUGUUUGCUAUAGGACUGUGUUGGUGUUUGGUUCUAGUGUGGCUUCCAUCAAUGGUUUUGUUUGGUUUUGAUGUUACUUUAGAUCGGCUGCUGUAUAUGGAGACUAAUUAUUGGAGUUUACGUUCGUGUGUUGUGAACUUGUUAUGAAUGUAUUGAUUGGUAUAUAUAGAGUGGAUGUUUCAAAAAGCUUUGCAUUUUUUAGUUGUUCUCAUGAACUAGAUUGUAUUUCUGGGAGUUAACAACGAUGCUUUAUCUCAUAAUGGUUUUGGAUUUGUGGUUCAUGUGGUUGCUUUUAGUGGCUUUGGUCUGGGAGAAACUUUCAUAUUUUCGGAUAAAAGAGCUCAAGGAUGUGCUCACUCAGCUGGGACUUUCGAAACAGGGAAAGAAGCAGGUUAGGUUCUUUCUACUUAUCUUCCAUUUGUCGUGACUAUGGUUGUGAUUCUUGUAAAGAAGAUGAUGUUUCAGAUUGUUAUCAUUGGACCUUUAACAUGUUCCGGUUAUAAUUUAUUUGUCUUGAAUAAGAAGAAGGCUUCGAAGAGGCAAUGCAUAAGGAAGGAUGGAGUUUUUCAUUUUCAUCUCCAAGACUGAGUUCAGUUCAUGAUAUAUGUUCGUAACAAAAAGAAGUUUCAAUUAUUCUAAUCAUUUGUUUUGAACUCAGUUUCUAUAUUUUGGUUUCUCUGAUAUCAGUAAUCUUAGUGAUGAAAGCCAUAUAGAAUGUGAUAAACAAGUAGAGCAUCAAUGGUUAUGAACAGUUUUUUUUUGUCUUUCCUUGUUAGAUUAAUACCGAGAUAUUCUGUGCUGAAGUUG